AUGACGACAACUCAUCCAUGCGUUAUCGGUCAAAGAAUCUCCGUUCCUCAAUUCCACCUCCUCUUCAAUACAAAAUCUCCAAAUCAGGAGCUCUCGAACAAUAAACGGUCGAAUUUCUGCGUAUCCAUCGGUCUACCUCGAUCCUUCGCUUCUUCUGUAUCAAACCGGAACCCUAAAAACCCAUCACUGAGUUGUCUGCGCAAUUGCGCCGCCGUUGAUGGCCCUGAGACCAGUUCGUCUGAUGAUAAGUGGGAUUGGGGUCGCUGGAACCGACACUUUUCCGAGAUUGAAGAAAUCGACAGCGUAGUUUCUCUUCUCAAGUUUCAGCUUGAAGAGGCAAUCGAAAAAGAAGACUUUGCAGAAGCAGCAAAGUUGAAAAAAGCUAUUGGAGAAGCAACUGUGAAUGAUGCUGUCGCUGAGAUCAUGUGCCAGUUACAGACUGCAAUACGAGAAGAACGUUACCAUGAUGCUUCCAGUUUAAGCAGACAGACAGGAAGUGGACUGGUGGGUUGGUGGGUUUGUUAUCCUCAAGAUUCUGAGGAACCAUUUGGCAGAAUUGUACGCAUAACUCCAGGUGUUGGUAGGUUUGUUGGCAAGAGUUACAGUCCAAGAGAGCUGGUGACCGAAGCAGCUGGAACACCUCUGUUUGAGAUUUUUGUUGUUAAAGACACUGACGGAGGAUACGCGAUGCAGGUGGUGUAUUUGCAACAUGUCAAGCAAAAACCAUCGCUUUCCGAGAAUCCCUCUCCAAGUGCAAAGCAAUCAUCGAAUACCUCAAUGGAGAGCCCAUCCAUUCUAGAUGUACGAGGAAGUGAAGUGAAAGUGGAUAAAAAAGAAGAUAAACUACUAAAUGCUGAGGAACCAAAUGAAGAAGGGAUUCAAAAUGUGUUUAAAUUUCUAAAAGACAAGAUCCCAGGGCUAAAACUGAGAGUCCCCGAUAAAGAGAUCUUAGGCAGUGGUGAUGCUGCUGAAGAGCUGGUCGGAGAAGGCAUUGAGGAAACUAGUUCUGCUGAUGAAGAAGAAGACGAUGACGGUAUUGAAGAAAUUGCAUCUAUGGAUAGUGCAGAUAGUGGAAAGCAAUUGAACCCUAAGGUUUUCAUCGGAGGGGUUCUACACAACACAGAGGAUUCCUCUAUAGAGGACGAGCUUGUCCGUGUUUCGGCAAAUAUAGCGGAUACUGAAAGAGAUUCCUUUGUGUUGCAUGUCCCUGGGAGACGUAAGAGUGAUGCUGAUACAAGAAAAAAUACAUUGUCCAAGGAACAAGUAACAGCUCUUGCAGCUCAAGGAAUUUCGGAUCUGAUGCCAGCAGAGGUUGCCAAGGCGUUCUGGGGUCCAGAGAGACCUGCUUUGAAAGUAUCAAGAAAUCUCCGUGAGAUUGCCAAGCUUGCUAUAAACCAGGCACAAAAAGGAAAUCGGCUCUCGGAGUAUACAACAUUUAAUAGAAUCAUCACUCCUGAAAGCGACCUAGACCCUUUUGAUGGCCUGUAUGUCGGUGCAUUCGGACCUUAUGGCACCGAGAUAGUACAACUUAAACGUAAGUAUGGCCACUGGAAUGAUGAAGAGGAAAGUAACUCCUCAGAUAUUGAGUUCUUUGAAUAUGUUGAGGCUGUGAAGUUGACAGGGGAUCCAAAUGUACCGGCUGGCCAGGUGACGUUUCGUGCAAGGAUUGGGAAGGGGAGUCGCAUGAGGGAUCGUGGAUUGUAUCCAGAGGAAAUGGGAGUGCUUUCGAGUUACAUGGGACAAGGGAGAAUCGCAGACUUUGGGUUUAAAAACCCAAAAUGGGUCGAUGGGCAGCUUCUAAAACUCAAUGGAAAGGGAAUGGGACCAUAUGUGACGAGUGGGGAUCUUGGAUUUCUAUAUAUUGGCCCUGAGAAGAGUUUCUUGGUCGUUUUCAACCGUCUGAGACUGCCUGAGUGA